AUGGCGACGAUGAACGACGGCAUGAUCCUCCACGGAGCACGGCUGCGGGACGCGCGAAGUGCUUGUGCUCUCGGCCUCGACCCGAGUUCCGAUCGCAGCCCGGUGCCAGGCAGCGGGCACGCGUGCCUUUUGGCGCUUCCCGAGCCCCGCCCGCCGGGCACGGGUAUCCUCGCGUGGACCGAAGGCGGUGCCCGGCUGCACCCGGUAUUCCCACCGCCGAGGAGGCUUCCCGUGACCCGUACCCGCCGGGACGGGACCGGGUGUACCCGUUGGGCCCGGGUACGGGGUUCAGUGCUAGUGCCAGGGCCGGAUGACCCAGGCAAACUCAUCAUACGCCCCAGCCCGACGACACAUCCCUAG